UUGGCACUUUCUGAUUGUGGGACGGCACUUAAAAGGCCGACCGGCAGGGUGGCAUCCAUCGAUAGGCACGAUGGCGAGGUUCGCGGUCGUCGUCGCUCUGCUCGCAGUCAUCCUCCAUGUCGCUGUCGGACUGGAAGGCACCACGAGAAACAAGCUGAGCGUCAAAUUCAGCACCAGUGCGGACAAGAAACAGAAAUGCAACUUCAUAGACAUGCCCCGCACUCUGGCGGCUGCCGUCAAGAAGCAUUUCAAGCGGAUGUACUACCGGGACCAGGGCCUUACGUCCGUCUGGUGUCCGCACAGCGACUACCACAUGUGUCUCAUCUACGACAAGAAGGGCAGUAUUGCGGGCAUUCAGAUGACGUUGACACCCAAAGAGGCGGCUACAGCUAGUGUACCGAUAAACCUCAACACUGUACCUGAGUGGGAGGCGAGCAGGAAUUUCACCAUGCAAACGUACACGCUGACCGUCUACUUUGUCAGCAAAGACGUGAUCCGGAGAGGCGGCCGCAAGUUGUCACCUGGCGACUCGACGGUACCCGAGGGAGCGUUCAUCUUGCAAACGGACUCCGAGGGUCGGGAGAUCAACCGCCUGCUGAUGCCCAUCGACCAGGAGAAAGCUGUGGCUCCUCACUUCGCCCUCCAGGGCUGCGGUGAAGGCCAGGGAAUUCACUACAAUCAAAACCGGACGCCGGACACGCCAUGUGAAGAGUUCCGACCGUACUUCGUUCUGUACAGUUCAGUCACCAAGAAGCUUGUUGGCUUUGUUUUCUCGUCGUUCGGUGAAGUCCCCUCCGCGAAGCAGGAUUGGUUCGACUUGAUGUCCAUCUAUCAGCUGAAGAAACUUGCACCGAGAGGCCCCAACUGCCUGGUGGAUUGGGCCGAGAAGUACACUUUGUUCACCAGCCACGUGUACUUCAUCCAACGUCCGUGGGAGCUGACCUGCCCCGGCACGGCCUAUUAAUGUGGAUGUUUCCCUUCACUCACCUUUCCUCUGCUCCACUUUAAUACAUGCGCGCUUUUGCUCAACACUUUCCAGCGUAAAAAAAAAUUGUCAUAUGUCAAAUAAAACCGUCCCACGGUAUUUUAAAAAAA